AGGAAGUCCGGCUUGUCUCCAUUCUAGAGAAAUGGCUAUUCUCAUUCUUACAACAUUAGCAACUAAUCUUGAUGUAUAGCAACUCAUUUAUUUCACGGGUGCUAUCGAGACUCGUCGCGGCACUGUUCUGUGCUAAAAAAAAAUUAACAUGAACUUAAAGGUUGCGUUUUAGGUGGUCUCUAAUGUAUUUGUAACGUUAGUCUUAGCUAGUUUUGCUGUUAGCUACCUAACGUUAGCUAGCUGCCAGCUCGCUAGCGCGUUAGCUGCCAAGCCGAGAGACCGAGCCAUCGUUCGUCUAGCUACUUAGUGUUAAUGAGGAAUAAAUAGGACCUCAUACCAAAAGAGAACUGUAUUUUUGUUUCAAUAGAAGUUUAUUGACCGGGUUAAUUGACCCGCUCCUAAAUGCCCGAACAAGGCCCUAGGAUGAAUGGGUUUUCUCUCGGCGAACUAUGCUGGCUGUUCUGUUGUCCGCCUUGUCCGAGUCGCAUCGCGGCCAAGCUAGCUUUCCUCCCACCGGAGCCCACGUACUCGGUCCACGCCGAUGCUAACGGGGUAACUAGCUUACAUUUAACCGAACGGGCGGACUGGCAGUACUCUCAGCGAGAGCUCGAUGCGGUGGAAGUUUUUACCACCAGAAGCAGUCGGGGUAACCGAGUCGGGUGUAUGUUUGUGCGUUGUGCCCCGAACAGUCGUUACACGCUGCUGUUUUCCCACGGUAACGCCGUGGACCUUGGGCAGAUGUGCAGCUUUUACAUUGGCCUCGGCUCCAGGAUCAACUGCAACGUGUUCUCCUACGAUUACUCAGGCUACGGAGUCAGCACCGGGAAGCCCUCUGAGAAGAACCUGUAUGCGGACAUCGAGGCGGCCUGGCAGGUCUUGAGAAACAAGUAUGGUGUACCACCUGAGAACAUCAUCCUGUACGGUCAGAGUAUUGGCACUGUGCCCACCAUCGACCUCGCUGCUCGCUAUGAAUGUGCUGCUGUCAUCCUCCACUCCCCACUCAUGUCAGGGCUACGGGUGGCCUUCCCCGACACACGCAAGACCUACUGCUUUGAUGCCUUCCCCAGUAUUGACAAGAUGUCGAAAGUGGCAUCCCCGGUGCUCGUGAUCCACGGCACGGAAGACGAGGUGAUCGACUUCUCCCACGGCCUGGCCAUGUACGAGCGCUGCCCCCGUGCCGUCGAGCCCCUGUGGGUGGAGGGAGCCGGCCACAACGACAUUGAACUGUACGCCCAGUACCUGGAGAGACUCAAGCAGUUCAUCUCCUUUGAGCUUCCCACCUCCUGAGGGGACCUCAGCAUUCACAGGCCAGGGUUCAUCUCAACACAGAAGCCGCCUCCUAAUCAUCUCUUAACUUCGUCUCUUAGCAUAGGGGCAGGCCUGGAGUCAGCUGAUCACUGUUCUGGCCUAUCCUCGGAGCCAUUUCAGGGUAGACGUGUAGUGGACCGGAAGAAGAGGGGGGUUUAGAUUGUUGAGGUGCAGCCGAAAGUCAGUGGCCAUGACCGGCCAAGAGUGAAGCUUUGGCUCAACAUGUACUGUCCCCAAAAACCUGGCCAGUGCUUCUACAUGUGGACACAGUUUGCCAAUGAGCCAAGGCUUGGGCAGCGUUUGCACUCGCAGCUCCAUCUGGAUUCAUUUCUCUACUCCAGCUCUCCUUCUCUUCCCACUCACUCCGUCUCCCUGAGCUUUUCUGUGCCAGUGUCUCUCACUGUCAACUUCAGUCUUUCACAUUUCCUCCUCCUCCCCUCUGUUUCACCCUCAAACCUUGCUUUUCUUUUGACCAAGUCUGCAAUGUUGAAGCUUGAUUUUUGUAUUCUUUUAUACCAAGUGAUGAAGUAUCAAUUUUGCACCUUGAGAUACACUUGAAGUUUUUUACUUUUUCUGUAUUUUUAAGUUACCAUUCAGGGGUUACCAACGAUUUGCACUUUUAAUGUGCAGAUAUUUUCAGGUAAUGAUUUUUUUCUGUUUGGAUAUGUAUAUGUUGAUUUAGUUUAUCUGCAUUCCAUGUUUUUCUUAAUUGCAGGUAGAACUUGUUUCAGUGUGAGUGUGUGAGAGGUUUAGAAGCUGUUAACCAGAGUGCACCCCUGCACAUCUGGCCUUUGUAGCUGUGAUCUUUGUAGUCCUCAUGCAUGCUACUCUCUCAUACAGGAACACAAUAAUGCCAAGUGUUGAGAAAUCUAACAAUUUACAAAAUACCUAUUACACAAGUGCAGUUCUAAAUGAAAAUGACUCAACUUGAAUACUUUGGAGCUGGUGGUAAAUUCAGCAUACAGACAACACUUUCAUUGCAUAAAGAUUUUCCCUAUUUACAAUAAUUGUACAGAUGAUAAACUUUGAAGGCAAAGAGCAAUGGGAACCUGAAGUGUUCAUUAAAAUACAUUGUCAUUGGUGGAACAUAUAUAAGCAAAAUGUAAUGCAGAAUUCACCAGAGGACUCAAACAAUUUGUAAAAUCAUUGAGUUAUUGAGUAAACAAAUUUUAUCAACCUAUGUUGCAUAUUAUAAAAACCUCUCUACACCCGGUAAAGCCAUUGUUGAAAAACAAAUAUUGCCCCAUAACUCGCAGUCUAAUAAGCGUGGUCGUUUUGUGCACAUUAUGUAUGGAUCAAAGUUUUCCCUUAUAAUUUAUGUAAAUAGCGUAUCACACCAGGUGUGUACCUUGUCACUAAGCAACACAGUAAUGAAUAUCCCAAAUGUUGGGUAAUACAGAAGCUUACCUCAGUAGAAGAGAGAGCAGCAGGUAUCUGGGCUAUACAUUAGUUAACUGGAGAUCAUGUGGUAAGAAGACUUGACAACUGAUUCAAAGAGAAACACAUUUGACUCAGUACUGUAAAGUGAAGCCAUGGAGCAGGGUGCUGGAUCUACCUGUAGACACACACAGAACUAUGCUGUCACUUCACACUACAAUAAAGCCUUAUGUUCGGAAACAUUUCACCCAGUCCUGUAGACUACAGUAGAGCUUUGGUGGUUUUUACGGUGACUGAUAACUGCUGCUAUUAACCAGAGAAAUCAAUUAGUCAAUCAUAGGGGUGUCACGAUUCUCCAAAUACAAGAUUCAAUUACAUUUCUUUCCUUGUUUUUAGAUUUAGACCUUUUUUUCCCCCCAACAGACGGCAUCAGUGCCACAGUAAGAGCCACAGAAGGGUACUUUACAUCACCAGUUUGUUUCUCAGAGUUUAUGAGGUGUAAUUGAAUGCACCAUUAAUGCAGAUAAAUGAUUCAUUGACUCCCGUCUGAGCCAGGCCCCGAGGAACACUGCUCAGCCUUGCAGCCCCAAAAUGGAUUUUCCCAGAUACGCCCCCAUUAUAAAAGAGAAGCCUGUAAAUCUGCUGCCAGGACACCUGGAACUGCGAACAAGGUCGUUUAUGACUUUUUUUCCUGAAUUUUCCAGUUCCAAAAAUGGAUGUAUUACAUUAACUGAUCCAGUUAAUGUAGUACAUCCAUGGUUGCAGCCGACAUGCUUUACUUUUGUUUGUUUCCAUAACGUUCUCACGGGCAGCACUGGCAACCGCUAAGCUAUGUUACCCCGUGUCUUUAGCAGCAUGCUAACAGUCGCUAAACUGACGUUACCUUGUCUUUAGCAGCAUGCUAACAGUCGCUAAACUAACGUUACCUUGUCUUUAGCUGCAUGCUACCAGCCGCUAAGCUAACGUUACCUUGUCUUUAGCUGCAUGCUACCAGCCGCUAAGCUAACAUUACCUUGUCUUUAGCUGCAUGCUACCAGCCGCUAAGCUAACGUUACCUUGUCUUUAGCUGCAUGCUACCAGCCGCUAAGGUAACGUUACCCUGUGUGUAUAGCUGUACGUUACUAGCUGGUAAGCUAACGUUACACAGUGUCUUUAGCUGUAUGCUACCAGCUGGGAAGCUAAAGUGUCUGUUGUUUUUUGGGGGAUCUGCACGAGUAGGUAGAGGUGGAGAGAGAAAAGAAAUCCUGGGGCAAUCGCAGAUCCUGCUUUUGAUUUCGAGAUUUGACAUUUGAUUGAUUUUUGAUCUUGAAUCGAAAUUGUGACACCCCCUGUCAAUCACUGUGAAAUCCAGACAGUUUGAAGAAUACUGAAAUGACAAGGUACUAAAACCAAAUUCAGCUCUCAUCCCCCUUUUGUCAGCCCUGGGUUCCUACCAACACUGAUGUCUGCUGAGCCCUGUGAUGGUUUGGAUCUUAUCCCCGCUCAAACUCCAAAGACAAUCUGACAGAACCACGAUGGGGAAACGGAAUGCUGAAGUUAGCAACGCAUGCACUUCAUCUCUCAUAUUUGUGGACAUUUUAACUUGUAUCAACUGUAUUUAAAUCAUUCGUUCUUUUCCUCCUUGCAAAGUCACACUAAAAAUGUAGUAUAACACUAAAAACUAAGUUUUGGAUAAAAUCCAAAAAAAGAAGUAAAUGCUGAACAUGUUUUCAGAGAAGGGUUGUGUUUGAGGGUUAUUUGCAUAGCAAUUUGAUUAUCGUAUGAUUAAUCCGUGUAUUGCUGUAAGUGGUUUGUCAGUUGAGUAGUAGUGUUUUCUGAUUAUAGCUAAUGCCGGGCCAGUGGUUUUGGAUAAAGAUCCCUCGAUCAUCUCUAGUAUUUUUUUUCCUCUAGCUGCUCUUUUUAAAGGGAAUGAAGACCCUGCUUUAGUCCUGGUUAUUGUUUUUAUACUGACAUUUUUUACAAGGUUUUCCAGUCUAAAUGGUGAUAGAUUUACUAUGUCUCUGAGGCUGGUUUGUACAAUAAUUCUCUAAUGGUGUAAUAUCUUUAUAAAUAUUAGCUCUUAGACAGGGCAAUCUAGUCUCAUUGCUUUUAACACUGGAAUCACAAUAUGCAAAUGAAAGGCAGAUGAAGCUAGUAGAAUCAGAUAUUGGUAAUAAUGUGUAAAGCAUAUUAAAUAAGCCUUAAACAUGCCGUGAAACAGAUUCUCAUACAUGUGGUAGUUGCAAGAGGCAGCACAGUGGAUGUUGUAAUGAUUAUAACGGAAUAAAGGAUGCAUGGAAGUGU